GUUACAAGUUAGAACACGGCCGCCACACUUGUUCCCGCGAAAUUCAUCCCUCCAUCCUCCUCGUGUUCCAUCCAAAAUGAAAAAAGAUAUAAAAGUCUUCAUCCAUUCCUAGCUUCCUCUCCCCCAAAACUCAUCUCUAUAUCUAUCUGGUUUCUUUUCUCUCUCUCUCUUUUUUACCAGUCAUGAUUGAGCUUUCUUCUUUAUAUAAUUAACUUCAAUAUAUAUAUAUAUAUAUGUAUGUAUCAUAAUGUGUGCUGCAUAUACAAAGAAGCAAAUAUCAUUUCUUAGUAGAUUGUGUUGUUUCAUGUCUCCAAAGAAGCCUCAAAUGCUUCUUCCUCCCUUGUCUACUGGUGAUACUACAAGUACAGGCAGUAACAGCAGGAAGCCAGGGGAGUUUGAUAAAGUCUUCAGAUACUUUGAUGAAGAUGGUGAUGGUAAGAUAUCCCCUGCAGAGUUACGCAACUGCAUGAAAAUUGUAGGUGAAGAACUGACCGAGGAUGAAGUCGAGGCCAUCGUCAACUCUAGUGACACUGAUGGUGAUGGACUCUUGGCUUUUGAGGAGUUUGUGAAGUUGGUUGAUGGGCAAGGAGAAGAAGAAAAGUGCAGAACUUUAAUGGAAGCUUUCAAGAUGUAUGAGAUGGAAGGAAAAGGGUGCAUCACACCCAAAAGCCUCAAGAGAGCUCUUGGCCGUCUUGGUGAGUGCAAGAGCAUGGAGGACUGCAAGAAGAUGAUUAGGAGCUUUGAUCUUAAUGGAGAUGGUGUUAUAAGCUUUGAAGAAUUCAGGAUCAUGAUGAUUUAACAAAUCAAUCAAGGAGAUCACUUAAAGCAGUACAAUACAUGCAUCAAUUUUAAGUAAUUAUUGGAUUUGUCCAUUAGUUUUCUGUUCAUUAUUUUGCUGCUUUAGGCCUUGUACGUAUAAACACAGCUUUCUGCAAUGAUUUAUUCAUUACUGGAAUAUUCGGACAUUUGGGAGAAUAUUGAAAUGCAGUCGUUUAUUUUUUUUUAAUUUUGGGUCAGAAGUUUAUAAGACCAGUUAG